AUGACGCAACUGGAGGAUGACGACCUCUUGAACAAUCUGCUGAAAAUUCCAGGCACCAUCAUCAUCUACAACAAUGACAUGAGCUCAUACGAUUACGUGUUAAACGCUCACAAUGUGGCGCUCCCGUUGACACCGGCCACCUCCACGGCAGGUUCAGCCACAUCCGAGCAGUCGGUGGACGAUUUGAACAGCAGCGCAUCGAUCGAUACGGAUAUGGCAGCUUCACCGGAUCCGAUGUAUCAUGGCCCGCAAGCGAACGGAACAGUGCUGCAGCUGCCGGCCGUCGAUUCACCUACUUCAAUUGUGAUUGACACUCCCGGCGGCUCCGAGUUGGACAAUAGCUUCGGCAGCUUGGGAGCAUCUGGUCUGGCACUAUCCGGAACACCGGAUGAUCCCACCGGAGGACACAUGCUGGAGGAGGAGAUGGAACUGGACGGUGGUGAGGAAGAGGACGACUUCGAGGAAGUCGAAGCGACCCCGGGAGAAGCCGAGGACGAAGAUUCCGAACCGGAACUCACGAAUCUGUCGUGGUUGACCGAGCUGAAGAACAUCACCAACCUAACGCCUUCGGACGCACCGUUGACGGAUUUGCCAACGGCGCGGUUUAACAAAUUCAUCGCCCAAGUGCGAAGGAGCCGCGAAACGUACGACAAACGCCAGGAGCAGUACACCGCGCUGGCAAACUCGCUGGAAAAACCGCCCUUUAACUAUGCACAAAUCAUCGCCAUGGCCAUGCUCGAGGAGGGCCGCAUGACGCUCAAGCAGAUAUGCAAAUGGAUUCAGGAGAAGUUUUCCUACUACAAGGUGCACAAAAACUGGAACAACUCCAUCCGGCAUAAUUUGUCGUUGAGUUUCUUCUUCACCAAAGUACAACGGGCCAAAGACGAGAAGGGCAAGGGCGGCUACUGGGAGCUGUCGAUGGAUGUGUCAAAAAGCGAGCGUCGGCGGGUUCGUGUCCGUCAGCGCAAUAAAUCGGCCAGCGGUGGUGCCAGUAGACCAUCGUCCGGAUAUAGCAGGCGUUCGACGUCGGCCCGAUUCGAGUCGAAAGGAUCUUCGCUGGGUCAUGUUGCCCGCGAUGGUAACCAGAGUUGUGAGCAGCCGAUCAAUACCAAUCGUCCCAAGCAUCCGGAAGGACCGCCACGCACGGAAACGGAAGAAGUCAUCUCACCGGGAGCGCCUACGACGAUUGGCUGCAUUUCCAUCGGUGAUGGGCAGGGACUGGAGCACAUGGACCAGCUCACCUUGCUGGACAGCAACAACAACAAUUGCACUCAGCAGCAACAGCAUCAACCGCCGGUCGGUUCGGUUCCGCUGCAGGUGCAGAACGUCACGAUCGACAUCAUCGAUAACUACAGCAAGCCAACGAUGGACGCUUCGGUGGAACUUCAAACGAAUCCGAUCGUUUCCACCGGUGGAGCGAUGGCGCGACCGGAUCAUUCCGUGGUACAGCCAAUUGCGGAGCUGCCGGUCAAUGAGCAGGAGCAGCUGAUGCGAGCCAGCGCAAUGGUGGAUAGCUGCGCGAUCAACUUUGAUUCCAUCAUCAACGGCGAAACUGGUGCCAGUAUUUUCAGCAACCUUAAUGUGGACGAGAUUUUCUCCGACAACGAAAUACCGCAACCAGCGAACGACGACAUUAUUGUGCCAUUCUUCAGCAACGUCCACCAGGUUCAGACCGGACCGAACGUGGUCGUCGAAACCAUUCCCUACUAUCUGCCCGACAUGGGCAACUUCGACGAGAGUGAUUUUGGAAAUUUGAUAAACAUCAACGAGCAGGAAAUUAGUGACGAGUUCCUCAACGAGCAUGGUUUUCUGUAG